AUGACCAACUGUCAACUGGCCUGUUCCUUGGCCCUCCAUAAUCCAAAGUCUAAGAGUAGACCUCACACUAAAGCUGGGGACCUCCCUCCAAGCUGGGGGCACGGGAGACACAGGGGAAGGCGGAGUAACCUUUGUUCAUUCUUCAUGUCGACUGAGGCGACACAGACGAGUGGAAGCAGUAUGGAGCAGCGCUCUGAGCUCCACAUGUCCUCCACCUCCUCCUCCUCGUUCUCCAGCUCCUCCUCCAUCAGCUCCACACGGCUACGCAAGGUCUCCCACACCUCCAGGCUGCUUGAGGAGCCGUCAGGAGUGCCGCGUAAGAUCUCAGGUGUGAUGGAGUCAUUCAGUCAGGUGCAGAAGAGCUUUGAGAUCCCUGCAGGAGAGUGUCUCCCUGACUUUGAGGACAAGCCUCGCCCCAUUACAGCUCAAGAAGGGAAUAAAGCUGCCUUCAAAGUAAAAGUGUCUGGAAACCCCACACCAGCUGUGACCUGGGCCAGAGAGAGCGACAAGCCACUGACAGAGGGCGCCAUGAGCUUCUAUGACGAUAUUAAUAAGCAGUAUGUGUUAAAGAUUAAAAACCUGACCAUGGAGGAUGCUGAUGUAUACAAAUGCAUUGCAUCUAACAACCAUGGGGAAGCUAUUUACUCCGUCUCACUCGUUGUUACUGAAAAUCCAGCACUGGACUUCAAGAAAAAGUUGAAGAAACGGAGUGUUGAGAAGCGGCAGAGGAAGCCUCCAACUGAGGAGGAGAUGUUGAAGAUUCUGUCUGGAGCCGAUAAGAAAGACUAUGAGCGCAUCUGUGCCGAAUAUGGCUUCACAGACUUCAGAGGAAUCCUCAGAAAACUCAAAGAGAUGAAGAAAAAAGAGGAGGUGGAUAUGGUUCGAGUUUUGAAACCCUUGGAGGAUAUAACAGCAAAGGCAGACUCCAAUGUGAUUUUUGACACUAUUUUGGAGCUGAAAGAUCCAAAUAUGAAGAUGUUAUGGUUUCAGGGUGAUGAGCUGCUGCGGAUCCACUACUCUCUCGGGAAGUACGAAGUUAAACAGCUGGGUACUAAGCACAUGUUGUGCAUCACCAACGUGUGUCUGGCUGACUCUGGCACAUACACUCUGAAGGUUGGAGACAAGAUUCUGUCUGCCAUGCUGACUGUCAUAGAUGAGCCUUUGAAGUUCCUGACAGAUCUAAAGCCCCUGCGAGUGACGGAGAGACAGACCGCUGCGUUUGAGGUACGUCUCUCGAAGAAGGCUGGCAUCCCUCUUGUGUGGAAGUUUAAAGGGAAACAGCUAAAGCGAGAUGAGAAGUUCGAUGUGCACGUGUCUGAGGACGGCCUAACUUACACUUUAAAGAUCAAGGACGUACGUCCGGGUGACACUGGUGACUAUACCAUCAGCAUUGGGGAUUUGACAACUACCGUCCCUCUCCUUAUUGAAAGAAUCCCCGUAAAGUUUAUGAGCCAUCUGAAGAAUGUACGUGUGAAGGAGAAAGGCAAAGCCAGGCUGGAGGCUGAGAUGAGCUCCAAAGAUGUUCAUAUCAGGUGGCUGAAGGAUGGAAGAGACAUCACUAACAACUCGCGCUACAUCUUCAUGAGGGAGGGCAAGAGAGCUGAGCUUAUCUUGGAAGACUGUGAACUGGCAGACAGCGGGGAAUAUUCCCUCAUCUGCUUACAGGAUGACGACAGCCAUGAAUAUGUCAGCUCCUCCUACCUCACUGUGGAAGAGCGCUUUGCCACAGUGAAGAGCGAGAUGUCAGAUGUUCAGUGUCCCACAGGCUCAGCCACAGAACUCUGCCUGGUUCUGAAUGAUGAGAAAGUAGAUGGUGUCUGGCUGAAGGAUGGAAAAGAGGUGAUGGAUCUGAGAGGGGUGCAGGUGAUGAAGCAGGGUGCUGUUCAUAAGCUGCUCUUCAGUAGUGUGGGAGAUGAACACGAGGGCAAAUACACCUUCAGGGCCAAAGGAGUCAAGAAUGAGGCAGUGCUUAGUAUAGCCGAUCCUCCUGUUAUUGAUCCCACUGUACUGGAGAUGCUUUCCAGCCAGCCAGUGACACUGAAAGCUGGGGAGACGGCCACUAUUAAGAUCCCUUUCAAGGGCAAACCUGUUCCCAAGGUGACAUGGUACAGAGAUGGGAUGGAACUGGUGGAGGACAGCCGGACGAGGGUUGAGCAGAAUGGAGACUCCAGUACUCUGGUGCUUCAUAAGUGUGUGAGAGAGGACAGUGGGACUUUCAUGCUCAAACUGAAGAGUGACUGCGAAUCAACCAGUGCCACUGUACAGCUGAAUGUGAUUGACCGUCCUAAACCCCCACAGGGCAAAGUGGAGUUCCUGGAAUGUAAUGGAAAAUGCAUUACAAUGAAGUGGAAAGCACCACGAGACAACGGGGGCCAAAAGGUGACUAGCUUUGUUAUUGAGAGGCGCAUGACUGGAAAGAAGUCAUGGAUCAAGGUCGGAGAAGUGGAUGGAGACACCUCCACCUUCUGUAAUGACACAGUGGAGGAGGGGAAGCCAUACCAGUAUCGCAUCAGGGCUAUCAAUUCUCUGGGUAUGAGCGACCCUCUGGAGACAGAGCAGGUCUAUGCUGGAGAACCUAUUGAGCCUCCAGGUCUGGUCCCCCAGCCCCAGAUCAGUGAUGUGACUAAAGACUCGGUCACAGUGAUGUGGGCUGCUCCGGCCCAGGAUGGUGGUGCUUCUGUUCUGGGUUACUUAGUGGAACGGAGAAAAAAGGGAAGCAGCAUGUGGGUGUCUGUCAGUAAGGAACUAAUCCAAGACACAAAGUUUGCAGUAGAUGGUCUAGUAGAGGAUAUGGAAUAUGAGUUCAGAGUUACUGCAGUUAACAGAGCUGGAGAGGGGACUCCCAGUGUAGCCUCCAACUCUGUACUGGCCAAGGAUCCAACACGAGCUCCGGGUCUGGUUAGAAACCUGCACGUUACAGACUCUCACAACACUUCCAUCUCACUGGCAUGGUGUUCUCCUGAGCUGGGAGAUAAUCCCACUGGUUACAUCCUAGAGGUGCGCCCUGAUGAUGGGAAAGAAUGGACCAAGUGCACCAAGAUUCCCAUCACUGGCACUUCCUACAAUCUUGGUGGCCUGCAAGAGCGGAGGAAGUAUUUCUUCCGCAUCAGAGCAGUUAAUGAGGGGGGCAUUGGAGAACCAAUAGAGCUGGAACAAGGAGUUCUGGCUAUGCCACCACCAGAGGCCCCAAAGUUUGAUAUCCAGGGCAAAGUGAAGAAUCAGAUGAUGGUGCGUGCUGGGUGUACACUCUCUAUUCCUGUCUCGUUCACUGGUUCUCCUUCCCCGGUGGUCACCUGGCUAAAAGACGGUGUUCCUACCAGAGGUCGAGAGGUCAUCACUAAGGGGAAGAACGAUUCUCAGUUCUUGAUCAGCUCUUGUCAGCGCUUUGAUUCAGGGGUCUAUCGCAUUAACCUCAGCAACAACAGCGGGGGGGUCUACUUUGACAUCAAUGUCUGUGUCACUGAUGUUCCUCGUCCUCCAAAGAACUUGCGUCUAGUCGAGGAGGUCCAGGGCACAGUGACCCUGCAGUGGGAUCACACUCCUGACCUGGCUGACGAUGAGCACACCCACUACAUCAUUCUUAAGAGAGAUACCAGCACGCCCACCUGGUUCACAGCUGCAGAGCACAUCUUCAGCAGCAAGUACACCGUCACCGGCCUGUUUCCGGGCCGCAAAUAUUACUUUCGGGUCAUCGCCCGUAAUCUGAUUGGGGACAGUGAUCCUUUGGACUCAAAGGAGCCUUUCACCAUAGAGAAGGAGCAUGAAAACUUUACCUUGAACUUGAAGAAAUCCCCCCCUAAGCAUCACGAGGUCAAGCCUGGAUUCCUUUUGCCCCUAAAGGAUCACGCUGUGCACUGUGGCAACGACUGCACCAUGAGCUGUGCCUUCCUUGGCUCUCCCAAGCCGCAGGUGUCCUGGUUUAAAGAGGAUGUGAGUAUUUCAGACAGCCCUCGCUACUGGCAGAGCAGCACUGAUGGAGUCUGCACCCUCACCAUCCCCACCUGCACAGCCAAGGACAGCGGAGAGUACACCCUGCUGGUGGAGAAUAAGCUGGGCAAGGCUGAGUGCAAGUGCAACCUGGUGGUCUUCGAUAAAGAUGAUAAUAGACUGCUGGAGCGCCUGACUCAGGACUCUCAAAAAGAAAAGCUCAUCAUCUAA